CCGCUCCGCCCUCUGCUCCCUCGCCGUCUCCACCAGUUGCGGAGACUGAUUCUCAAUCUUCGUCAUCUUCAUCGUGCCCGUGAAAUUCGUGGUUGUGGUUUUUAAUCUUCUUCUUAAUCUUCUUGGGUUGGGUCUUACCAUGGUAGCUGUCAUCACUACCGAAGGAAUGGAAAAUCGAGGUUGUGCAAGAAGAGUAUUUGGAACUGGGUUUAGAUUUGUCGUCACUAUGAGGAAGGUGAGAAUAGGGGAUCCAGCCAUCCAGGGGAAGCAUAUUAGGUGCCUAGAACGAGCUCCUCGUCGACGAAAUUGCGGAAGCCACGCCGACAUCGUGAAAGGAAUGGAAGUAGGAGAGGGCGGUAGCGAGGGCCAAACGGUGGUCGGAUGCUGUUUUGAUGAGUUGCUUCCGCAGUCCAAGCUGGUCACGGUAGCGAAGGCCAUGGAAUAUCGCAGACGGGGAGAGCGAGCGGAAGUAGUACCAGCAGCAGAUUCCUAGGUCUCUCCGAAUUCAGAGUAGUCUUUUAUAAAGGGGGAAUAAAUGGGGAAAGGAAUAAGCGAGAAAGGGAGAGGGGAGAGCGGCGGUGGUAGUGGUAGUGGUGGAUAAAAUCGAGAAACUAGGGUGGAGUUUGAAUUGGGGAAGAUGUAAAGUAGGAGGAAGAUGGCCUGUGGGGGGAAAGUUAAUAUGCUAACUUGAAGAUUCGUUAGCAGAUACUAAUUGAUAUCCAAAAUACAUGAACUAGUAUCCAAGUACUAAAGUAUCUAGAGAGCAUAGACUAGUAUUCAAGGUUUGCUAACUGAUAUCCACCAUGAAUAAACUAUUAUCUUAAAU